AUGGCUUUGGUGGCAUUGUUGAGUUUGCGUUGUCGAACACAAGGAGACACGAGCGAUGUACGAGUUCGUAGGGCAAUCACCACCACUGCACCCAACGCCGAGCCGCCUCUUCCUUCACCCCCACCACCACCACCAGCGAAUGAUGUGGCAUGGGACUUGUCGCUUAACUCUGCUCCACCACGAAAUAGCAACAUCAAGCCAAAGAAGCCAUCGGUUCGAAACAUGGUCGAAGCAAAGCGAGUGCGAGCCCCAAUUCACCAACCAAUUUAUCCAAUCCAGUUAUUGCGGCACUCCAAUGGACUAAAGCAUGCGAAAUCACUUUCUGGGUGCUCAUCGCGUAUUUCGGCGAUUUUGGUUCUUUGGGUGAUUGCCCCGGUUUCAAUCGUCAUGCCGAUCGUCCUCACCAUCAUCCACUCUCUGACCGACCAACGAACUUAUCACGAUUACGAGUACAAACCGCCAAUUCCUUGGAUUGACAUCGUGAUCGAGCGUCUCCAAAAACUCUACGGCGUCUCCCCGGCUCAGGCCAAUUUAGCGCAAGUCAUCUCACUUGGUGAUGCUGUCCGAAUCAUCGAUGAGGCAAAGAAAUGUUUCAUGUCGGAGAGUUGCUUGGCCGAGAUUGUAGCUCCAUGCAAAGUGAUUGGCGAUAUUCACGGACAAUUUCAGGACAUGCACAAGUUAUUCGAUAUCAUCGGCCGUGUCCCAAAAGAGCGCCUUGUUUUUCUCGGCGAUUACAUUGAUCGUGGACCACAAAGUCUUGAGGUUGUGUUUUUCUUGUUCGCUUGGAAGAUUCGUUAUCCCGAACGAGUGAUGCUGCUGCGUGGAAACCACGAAACUCCAGCCGUCAACAAAAUCUACGGUUUCUACAAUGAGUGUUUGAUGAAAUAUCAAUAUCCUGGAAUCGGUCUUUGGUGGGAUUUUCAGAGCUGCUUCAAUCGAAUGCCCAUGGCUGGCCUCAUCGCAAAGAAGGUCUUGUGCAUGCACGGAGGGCUCUCACCUGAUCUCACUCAUCUCGACGUUCUUCGCAACAUCGUCCGUCCAUGUGAACCACUUGAUCGAGGGCUUCUCAUCGAUCUCCUCUGGGCUGAUCCCACCAAUCAAGGAGACGGAUGGUUCCACUCGAUUAGAGGCAUCUCCUACAUGUUCGGAAAAGGGGUCGUGGAGCAAGGCUGUCAAAUUCUCGGCGUCGAUCUCAUCAUUCGAGCACAUCAAGUCAUCCAGGAUGGAUACGAAAUUAUGACAGGCAGAAAGUUGAUCACCGUAUUCUCAGCCCCAAACUACUGCAACCAGUUCAGCAACACUGCCGCCGUUGUUUGCCUUGACGCCGAUUUAAAGGUGACUAUUCAACAGAUGGUGAUACCAUUGCCGGCAAGUCAACGUGCUCGUCCCGCUCCGGCCAUCGCCAUCGAUCUCGACGCCACUCAAGCCGAACAGGAUAUCAAAGCCAUCAUGGUCGUUUCCCGUGCCGAGGCUAAAGCCGACAAAUUUGAAGAGACACAGGAAAAUUCGGAAAGAGCUGUGCCCGUCACCACUGGACACCCUGGACAAACGCCGCCUGAAAGACAAACUGUUCUUCUUUUCCAAAUCCUUACAGUAUAUCAAUUUAUUUCGCCUUUGGUGAGGAAAAAACGCCAGCUGCUAGUCGGUGACUCUUUUGUAAUUCCUCAACUCACGUUUUUUUUUUAUAAUUUCAGAGAUUUGCCAUACUCGAUCAUCCCCAUUCCUUCGGUAAUUCUUCAAUCAAUGCCGAAUUGUCUCCAAUUCGGUCUACUGUUAGCGUUAUGUGUAUGUUGUGUCGAUACGCAGAAUGUCACCAAAACUUUGCCUUCUUAUGAGAUUUUAACCUUUGAUUUCUCGGCGAUCGAGACUCCAUUCGUUGUCGCGUCAUGGCUGGCAAUUGCAAGUGGAGUGAAAAUUUUAUUUCACUUCAUUCGUCCACUCUCGAAAUAUUUCCCCGACAGUUCUUUGCUCGUUUUCGUCGGUUUUGCGCUGGGAUGGAUUCUGCACUAUGGAAUCGAAUCGAUCAAAGCCGAAUACUACCAACUAGAGUCCGUUUACUUCUUCCAUUUCCUUCUACCGCCAAUCAUUUUUGAUGCAGGAUAUUUCAUGCCGAACAGGGCUCUCUUCGAGAAUUUCGGCUCGGUCAUGCUUUUUGCGGUGAUUGGAACUGUCUGGAAUACGAUAGCCAUCGGUGGUGGCCUCUAUUUGUUAUCCCUAUACGGUCUCUUCAGCAUUCCAUUUGAUGCAUUCGAAGUGCUCACCUUCACUUCACUCAUCUCAGCCGUUGACCCAGUGGCUGUCAUUGCAGUAUUCGAGGAAGUGCAUGUAAACGAGUUCCUUUUUAUCAACGUCUUUGGUGAGGCUCUCUUCAACGAUGCUGUAUCGGUUGUACUCUAUAAAAUGUUCAAGAAUUUCUAUGAUAUCGGGCCGGAACGGGUCGAGAUUGCCGAUUACGGUAAAGGCGUUGUCUCCUUUUUCGCGAUCGCUGUUGGGGGGACAGCCGUUGGGAUCAUUUUUGCGUUUGUUGUCGCAAUCGUCACAAAAUUCUCGGAUCACAUCCGCAUCCUUGCCCCAAUCUUCGUCUUCGUUGUCCCCUAUAUGGCGUAUUUGUUGGCCGAUUCGAUGGGAAUGUCAUCCAUUCUGGCGAUCUCGGUUUGCGGAAUGGUAAUGAAACAAUAUGUGAAGGGAAAUCUAACACCAGCUGCCACGAAUUCCGUCAAAUAUUUCACGAAAAUGUUGGCUGUUGGCGCUGAAACGUUAUUAUUCAUGUUUUUGGGUGUCUCGGCCAUCGUGACUCCACAUCAUUUUGAUUGGGCAUUCAUUUCGAUCACUGUCGCUUUCUGUUUGAUCUUCCGGUCAAUUGGCGUGAUGGUUCAGUGUGCCAUUCUGAACAAAUUCCGGAAGAAGAAAUUCUCGCUGGUGGAUCAAUUCAUCCUUUCCUAUGGUGGUCUGCGUGGCGCGAUCGCUUUCGGUCUCUCAGUUUCUCUGCCAGAUUCAAUGGCCGCUAAACCGAUGUUUGUCACGACGACGAUUGCCGUCAUUUAUUUCACUGUUCUUCUGCAGGGAAUCACCAUUCGUCCAAUCGUCAAUUGGUUGAAGGUCGAACGAUCCGAUGGACGACAAAAAACGAUGACUGAGAGUGUCUUCAUGAAGUAUAUCGAUUACACGAUGUCGGGUGUCGAAGAAAUCUUCGGAAUUCGCGGAGAGCAUUACAUAAGAGACACAUAUGAGCGAAUCAAUGCAAAGAUCUUGAGGCCGAUUCUGAUGAGAAAUGAGGAAAAGAAAGAUUUCGAUGCAUCGGUGAUCGUUCGUGCUUAUGCAAAGAUUACCCUCGAAGAAGCCCUUGCUCUAAAAGAGCAUUUACCCAAAAAGAAGAAAAUCGACAAAAAG